ACUAUCAUUUGUACAAUACGACAAUGGGUGAAUUUGCUCCUUUAAAAAACGACUUGAUUCUUAGAGCUGCCAGAGGUGAAAAGGUCGAAAGACCACCAAUAUGGAUCAUGAGACAAGCUGGAAGAUAUCUACCAGAAUACCAUGAAGUUAAAGGAAAGAGAGAUUUCUUCGAGACUUGCAGAGACGCCGAAAUCGCCAGUGAAAUCACCAUCCAGCCAAUAAACCACUUCAACGGGUUGAUUGACGCAGCCAUUAUUUUCAGUGAUAUCUUGGUGGUACCCCAGGUUAUGGGGUUCGACAUUGAAAUGGUUGAAGGUAAAGGUCCUGUGUUUGUUGAUCCAUUAAGGACCCCAGCCGACUUGGCCAGAGUCAACUACAAGCCGGACGUAUUGAAAGGCUUGGAUUGGGCAUUUAAAUCCAUUACUUUAACAAGAAAGAAGUUGGAGGGAAGAGUUCCAUUACUCGGAUUCUGUGGGUCUCCUUGGACUUUGUUGGUGUACAUGGUAGAAGGACAAGGGUCAAAGAUGUACCGGUUUGUCAAGCAAUGGAUCUACGAGUACGUGGAAGAGUCCCAUAAAUUGUUACAGGCGAUUACUGACUGUUGCGUUGAGUUUUUGGCGCAACAGAUUGUUGCAGGUGCCCAAAUGAUCCAGGUAUUUGAUUCUUGGGCCGGAGAAUUAGGUCCUGCUGAGUUUGCCGAAUUCUCAUUGCCUUACUUGAAGCAAAUCGCCGAAAAGCUCCCAAUCAGAUUGGUUGAGUUGGGUGUACAAGAGAAGAUUCCCAUGACGGUAUUUCCAAAAGGUGCGUGGUAUGCUUUGGAUGAGCUUUGUGAUAUUGGAUACGAUGCCAUCUCUUUGGAUUGGUUAUACGACCCAGAGGAUGCUGUUAAGGUUGUAAAUGGAAGAAGGAUAACCUUGCAAGGAAACUUGGAUCCGGGUGUUAUGUACGGGUCUGAAAAGACGAUUAGUAAAAAGGUUGAGAAGAUGAUCCAAGGAUUUGGGGGUGGUAAACAGAACUACAUUAUUAACUUUGGACAUGGGACUCAUCCGUUCAUGGAGCCUGCCAAAAUUGAGCAUUUCUUGAAAGAAUGCCAUAGAUUUGGUAGCCAAUAGUGUGACUCGCUCAUAGGGUUGGGUUAUAUAUAAUGACUAACAUGUGUAAUUGUACAUAGAUAAUCAAAUGUCUGCGAAAAUCCAAGCAGAGAAUUUCCUUGAGUCAUAUUCAAUAAUGUCUGGAAAGAACAUACCCAAGAACAGUUUGUACGUGUUUAGUCUUUCACAGGAACUAGUGGAAAGCCUUGAGCUUGUAAAGUUCGAUGUGUCUGAACAGCAUAACUUGGAGACCGCACCAAAGGCUUUGAAAGUCCAGAGACUCCGUGAUGAUGAUGAUGAUGAUCUCACCAAGUACAACCAAAAGAGAGAGGCAAAAGGGUUGAGUAGACUAACUGAGGACGAGUUUGACAGAUUAUUGGAACAAG